GAGUUCGGUUGGAGUCACUCUAUAAAUGUCCCCGGGAGUUUCCGAAAUCCACACUCGGUGACUUCAACUGAACAAUGGUUAACAUGAGCGAUCACCAAUCUCUACAAAAACACGCACAGACCCUGAAUCCGAAACAGCCGAGGAAAAGAAAUAAUAAAAAGAAAAGGAAUCAUUGGGACAAUAUACCGCCAUCAACUCACAUUCAAACUUGAUUGUCAAGAGACUGAUUUGAGGUCUGGUGUGCUAGGUGUGGGAGCAUAGCGUGUUGUGUCUGUGGAUAGCGACUGAUUGGUGCGAUGACUGCGGAGUGGCUGUACCCCCCAGGCGUGGGGCCGCUGUGUGGUGCAGAGUUGGAGGCGUGGUAUGAAGACCUACAGGAUAUACUGGGCUCCGACGCGGGCGGGGCUAAAGUCACCAGAGCCCCGCCUUGCUCCGAGAAGGAGCCCGAGUUUCUGGAUGUGUUGGAGAGCUGCUCGCUCACCUGGUUGACGGAGGGGCAGGUUUGGGGCGACGGGGUGCAACGGGUCACCGAUGAGCCACCUGUCGUCCACUCGCCACCGCGAAAAGAUGACCGGAGAGGAGGCGAGUCGGAGCACACCUCGUCCGGAGGAGACCUGCUUCCGCCAGAGUUCUUCGAGCUCCUCAGCGAGGGCGGCGUCGGGUCGGCGGAGACGAUGGUGAGCGGCGGGUACCAAGGUUCGCAUCACGCGCCUCCGUCGCCAUCCGCGAGCGAGGAAGAGCUUCCGACAGUCCCGGACACAUCGUCCUGCUCCUCGGAGUCCUCCUCAUCCUCCCUCAACUGCUCCCCUCCUCCGUCCCCUCCAACACGUCCGGGAAAGAGAAAGCGGGCCGGCGACAAAGGAGGAGGCGCGCUGUGCUCCCCGUCCCCCGGGAAGAAGAGCCGACGGGAGCGUGAGCAGGAGAACGAGAGGAAGGUGCAGGAGCUGACGGAUCAGAACGAGCGGCUCAAAGCCGAGAUCGAGCGUCUGGGAGAGGAGGUGCAGCGGACGCGCCGGGCGCUCAUCGAGAGACUCGUCAACACCAGGAGGUGAAGGAGCAGAAGGAGGAGCCCAGGGGCCAAAGAGAAACAAACAAUUGGUGGAAAUCAUCUCGCGGUGACCGUGAAAUGCACAUUUAGAGGGAGAUAAAAGACACGUGGGACGGGGGGAGAGAGGAGGUUCACUGAACGACUCCCGCCGAGAGAGAAUGAGAAAGUCAGAUUAAGCCGUAGAAAAGAAAGAAUGUGGAGCCCAACGCAAACACAGAAUGAACUCAGCCCGAAUACAGAGCAAAGAAGAAAUGUUUUUUUUCUUUAAGAAAAUAAAUUAUUUGUUUUUGAGUAUCUAAGUUCAUUUAAACCAACGUGAUACAUUUUAAAUCGGCUUGAUACAUUUAAAUCAGUUUGAUGCAUUUAAAUCGGCUUGAUACAUUUAAAUCAGUUUGAUACAUUUUAGUGAACAUCAUUUAAAGGUAAAUGCUACAAUGCAUGUUACAAUUUAACACAUGAUAUUACAAAUAAAUUUGAAGGAUGAGCAAUGUAUAAAUCGAAAUAUUUUUCAUAAAGAAAAAGAAACACAAUUUUAAUUAAGAUUCAAAAACUUUUUGCGGUAAAUUAAAAUGACUAAUGCAAUAAAUUAAAGGCAAAUACUUCAAUGUAUAAAUAUUACAAUUGAACAAAUUACAUUACAUAUACCAUUUGCAUUAUGCUAAAAAAAGUAUCAAAAGCAAAUAAGAAAUUCGAUUUUUCAUGAAGAAAAUAAAGCCUAAUUUGAGAAAAAUCUUAAGUGACUAAUGCAUUUCUUUUAAAAGCAAAUAUUAUGGUGAUGUACUAAUGUUACAAUUUAACAAAUGAUAAAAAAAAAAAAAAAUUAUAAAGAAAAAGCCUAAUUUAAGGAAAAAUCUGAAUGGUUUUGCAGAAAAAUGAAUAAUACAAUUUAAAAUAAAAACGUUUAAAACAGCAUAAAUGAAAUGCAAGGACCUCUACGAUUUAUAAAUGUUACAAUUUAAUGUAUGCCAUUGCGAAAAGAAUAAGUUGCAUUACAGCAAUACAAAUAUUAAAAGCAAAUAAUAAACGAGAAAAUGAAGUCUAAUUUUACAAAAGCUUUUUUGCAGAAAAUUAAAUUACUUUAAAUGUAAUGUUUUAAACAUUUAAACCGGCAAAAAUUAAAGACUGUAAAACAAGUACUACUGUGCGUUUUUUAAAUGAACAAAUUACUGAAUAAGAUAUAUUUUGCAUUGCAUUAAUCAAAAUGCGGCAUGUGAUUAAUUCUCAUUAAAAUAAAAAUAAAUCACAAUGCAAAAAUUGUAAUGCUACAUGUAAAGCUGCGAUAAAAGUGCUGUAAACGUUUAUUAAACUACCCAAAGCUUAAUCAACUUUCUGUGUAAUUGAAAGCUGAUUGUUCAUCAGUGCCGAGGAAGUCUUGAGGGAAUGUAGCAGAGACGACGAGAGAAAAGGCAGAACUGCGAUAAUAAAGAGAGCAGAAGAGAUCUGAUUGUAUCAGUGACGGUGAUUGUAGGUGCAUUUCAUUGUAAGCAGCCAGUUUUCAUUCAUGUCGUGUGUUAAUGAAGGGCUUUAACCGUGUAAAUUCACUCCUAGUUGACAGAGAUUAGUAGCUCAGGACUGUUAUAGUGAACGAUUGUCAGCGUUUCGCACCAUCAACCCGAGGCCUCUAAGAGUGUGUGUGUGUGUGUGUGUGUGUUCAGAUGAAACUAUGAAUGGAUGUUCGUAGCGAUUUUGCUCUCACUUCUUCUCUUGAAACUUUUCCAGGAUUUUUAGAGCUAGCAGUUUAUAACAUACUCUCAGUUUCUGAUCAUUUCUAUUUUUCUAUACGUGUAUCCCAUAAUCAUCAUGAUAUACCUUAUAUUGUAGUUUCCUUAUCUUACAAUAAACAUGCAUGCACUGUAUUAGAGUAGAAACAUUUUUAUCUGAAUUUUAUUUAGCCUUACUGAAUACGGAAUUGUAUUACAUUUCAUUUUGUUAUUAAAAUCUUAAAAAUGAA